AUGAAAUCGCUGUUCGUGUUCGCCCUGCUGCUGGUCGCCGUUUCGGCGAACAUUCCACGCGGACAGCGUGUAGUGGGUGGCGAUAUUGCCGCCGUCGGUCAGUUCCCUUACGCCGUCGGUCUGAUCACGCGUAUCAACAUCCUGCUGACAGGCCAGUGCUCCGGUUCGUUGGUGUCCGCCAACUACAUUCUGACUGCAGCCCGUUGCGUCUCUGGAGUCUCGAGUGCUGUCGCUGUGUUCGCUGGUGUGCGUAUCAAUGAUGCGACCGAGCAGGGCCAGGUACGCAUCACCAUAGAUGCAGCCCGCUUCAAGAUCCAUCCGCAGUACGAAGCUGAACCUGACAUUUUCGAUGUCGCCUUGCUUCACCUGCCACUGCCGGUGCCAUUCAGCGAACGUGUCCGCCCAGUUCGGCUGCCGAAUCUGCGCCAGAUUGAGGCUUCCUUCGCCGGCCAGCAGGCAACGUUUAUCGGUUGGGGCCGAUUCGGUGAGGGUACCACCAACUCGGAUGUGCUGCGUUUCGGUCGCGCCCAGGUCAUCACGACGCUAGCCUGCCGUAUCAAUCUGCCAACCAACACGAUUGACGACGCGCACGUUUGCACUGACGGUGCCAACAGCUCGCCGUGCCAGGGUGAUGUCGGUGCUCCGCUGACGAUCGUCGAUGCCGACGGUAUUACCACGCAGAUCGGUGUGUUCUCCUUCAUCUCGAUCUUGGGCUGCGAAUCGGGCCGUGCUGCCGUUCACACGCGCAUGUCCUCCUACCUUACCUGGAUCGGACAGAACUCGGACGUCGAGAUCCGUGACAACUUCGCCUAA